CACACUUGCACGACGCCGCAAGCUGCAUGCUCGGUCAUUGCAUCUGGAAUCCACGACGACAUCCCAUCGCCAGCCACCAGACUCACAGGACUACAGUCUUUGCUGCAUUCCGCCCACCACAUCCAACACCAUGUACCCCUCGAGGAUACUGCGCGCCGACAAGGGCACCAAGCCCAACAUCACCGGCUUCGACGUCAGCAAGUUUGCCGCCUCGGCCGGCCAGCCCAGAUACGACCCUUGGGAGAGAGCUGAGGCCUGGCGUUACACCGGCCAGUUCUCCCGGUGGCAGCGCUUCAACCGCGCCUUCCCCGGCCUCGGCAUCGCGACCGUCGCCUUUGCCGGAUACCUCGCGUACGAGCAGCUCACCGCCAAGGACGACCACCACGGCCACGGCGAAGAGCACCACUGAAGCAGCCCACUAGUCGGGGGCAGGCGGGGACGAUAAUCCACGUCGAUACCGAGAGGGAGUUUGUCUGCGGGGUCGCUAAACCAUCAUGUGGUCGAGCUCAUUGUCGAGCAUGACUUUUCAGAGACGAAGAAGAAAAGCAUGAUGGAAGGGCUAGACGGCCGGGAUCUCUGGGGAGGAGGCUGCUGCCAUCCCAAUGAAGUGUGGGGAGCCGAGAAUCUUCCGCACCGCUGAGAGCAGACUUGUACAUAUUUGUAGGGCGACACCCGGGAUAGCCGUGAGGGAGGCCCCGUUGGGAACCACGUAGGCCUCUUUUGCAGCGAAGAAAACGGCCAUCAGGAAGGAAGGAUGUAUACAAACAAAGACUCGUAAACCAAUGACACAAAGAACCGAAGAAGAUGAAGAA